GGAGCAGAGAGGAGAGGACAGUAGAUGUGGUUUUGUUCCAGCGGCAGGCUGCUGCUCCUCUCUGUGUGUCUCUCUCUCUCCACCAGCAGAGGACGGUUUUAACUUUUUAUCUGAUAUUUUUUUAAAUCAGCUGGACUCUCCACGGAGCUAUAUAUUUUUUUUUAUUAUUAUCUAGUCUCAGCCUUCAGAUCAACUUGCCAUGAGGAGCAUCCCCCGGCUGCAGACCUGAACAGUCUGUGUACUGGAAGAGAGAGGUAAGAUGCCUGAUGGACCGCUCCAUCACCGCCAGUGCGCCACUUCAGGGCAUCCCGAACAGCGAAUAACAAAGACAUGCCGAGGUUUAGCGCCAGAUGGAUGGUCGCGCUGCUGCUGAUCCUGCUGGUCGGAGGAGCCUUCUUCUACUGCGAGUAUCUCAUCUACUUCCCCACCAUCCUCAAGUGCGCCUGGCCGAAGAUCAGCCAUGCCCGGGGCGGCGGAGAGGGCAUCGACGGCCGGCCGAUGGACUCCACGGUCCGGGCCAUGGUGCUGUCAGACACACACCUGCUCGGAGCCGUCGGAGGACACUGGUUCGACAAGCUCAGGAGGGAAUGGCAGAUGGAGAGGUCUUUCCAGACCGCUCUGUGGCUGCUCAGGCCUGAAGUAGUGUUCAUUCUCGGGGAUAUCUUCGACGAAGGCAAGUGGAGCUCGCAGAAGCACUGGGAGGACGACGUGCGCCGCUUCCACAGGAUGUUCAGGCACUCCACUGACACUGAACUGGUUGUACUGGUUGGCAAUCACGACAUCGGUUUCCAUUAUGAGAUGGACUGGUUCAAGCUGCAGCGCUUCGAGAAGGUCUUCAACGCUUCCUCCACCAGAAUCGUCACCAAAAAGGGAGUCAAUUUUCUGCUGGUGAACAGCGUGGCCCUGCACGGCGACGGGUGUCCCAUCUGCCUGUCGGUGGAGAAAGAGCUGAUCAAACUCUCCAGAGACCUCAACUGCUCUCUUCAGAACUCGCAGUCGGGCGGCGGAGCGAUGGACAACUGUGAGGGCUCGCAGCUCUAUCCUCCCACACCCCCCGUCAUGCUGCAGCACUAUCCUCUGUACAGAGUGAGCGAUGCCGGCUGCACAGGACUGGACGCUGCACCGCCUGAAGAGCGACACCUGCUGUUCAGAGAGAAGUAUGACGUGUUGUCUAAGGAGGCGUCACAGAGGCUGCUGCAGUGGUUUAAACCCCGCCUCAUCCUGAGUGGACACACCCACAGCGGAUGUGAGGUUCUCCAUGACAACAAGUACCCAGAAAUCAGCGUGCCGUCCUUCAGCUGGAGGAACAGAAACAACCCCAGCUUCAUCCUGGCGUCGGUGUCCCCCGGCAGCUACGCUCUGUCCAAGUGUUUCCUGCCGGAGGAGAGCACGGUGAUCGGCGUCUACUGCUCGGCCGGCGCCUGCAUGCUGCUGCUCUUCCUGGCUCACUGUCUGUGGAUGAAGGGCCUGCUGCAGUGCCUCAGCCUCUGCCUGCUGGGGAAGCACAAGUCCCUUUGAACCACGUUACCCAGAGUGCACCAGGGCACAGAGCCAUGAGAGCAGAGUUCACCAGACUUGAUAAAUACUUGAUGUGAGGAUUUUUUGCAAAUGUGACAUUCUCUCUCUCUCUCUUCUGAACGGGUCGAAAAAAUCUGUUCUUACAACCUCGAUUUGUUUGUCCAAAUGUUUUCCGGCAACUGUGAAGGACACGAGUGUAUGUUUUAAAUCAAAGUUUUAAAUCAUCACUUCUGAUAUUGAUCAUGUGAUUAGAGCCUGUGAUGAUGUGGGGCCAAAUUGUUAUUAGAGAUCAUCACUGGUGUUUGUUUUACCUUCCUCGGGGUUGCCAGACGGGUGGAGCUUAUUGCACCAGGAAAGUAACCGUCACUGACUUUACAACAGAACUAUUAGAGUAGUACACACACACGUGACAUUAAGUAAGACAAAUCAAAUGAGUACAUAUGUAAAUACUAACUGUCCUGGUCUGAUUUAAGGUGGUAAAGUCAGAUUUAUGUCUCUUCACUCUGAUGUUAACUGUGAUCUGAUGCAUCAUUUCUCACACACUGUUUGUUUCUGUUGUUGACGUCCGAUAAUCCACCCGGGUUCCUUGUUUUUAUUAUGCAUAUCUGAAUAUAUUUAUUGCUGACUUUCUGUGCCAAAUGUUUGUGAGGGUUUUUUGCCAAAUUGUUGACAUUGAAAUGUUUCUGAUGAUGAAGUGUACAUAAUAAAUCAGAAUCUUAAGCUCUGUUUUUAGAGAGUUGUGGUUUAAACUAGAGGUUGAUAAUCAUUAUUAGGAGGUGCUGUAUAAUCAACAACUAAAGCCAUGUCAUUCUAUGGAUGAAAUACUUGAUAUCAUGGGAUGUUGACAUUUCAAAACCUGGAAAUUGGCUGCAGAGAUGGACACAAAGUCAUGGUAAUAGAAAUGAACGUGACUGAAACACAAAUGUGUGUUUGCAAACGCAAAAUCAUGUCAAAUAAAAAGAGCAGUAAAAGAAGGACAA